CCCCUGUUAGCUUGAGCAAUGAGCUACGCACUUUUACCAGCAGGGGAGGUUUUUUUUUUUUUGCAUGGGUGCGUAAACAUCCUAGCGUGCUGAAGUACGUAAGCGGGAGUGCUACGCGCCGGAGCUGGGUGUGAAGAUGGCGGACGACGAGGCCGACCAGGUCCGCAGCUGUCGGAGCAGCACCAGCGCGAUUGGAGCUCUUAGGCAACGCUUGCAAGAACUGCAAGAAGUCCUGAUUAAAGACGGCACAGACUCGCCCGUCCAGUCAUCCUCCCGGUAUUGCCAAGACUUUUGUCGGACAUUAUUGGAGUAUGCAGGCAGCUGGAAAGUUGAGGACGACCCUCUUCCCUUGGUGGAAGUGUACUCAGUCUCCCUGCUGAGCUACGCCCAGGCCUCUCCGUACCUCUGCCCACAGUGUGAAAAUGUUCCUAUCGUGGUUGAAAGGCUUUCACUGAGUUUUCUGGAGCUUUUGCUUUCACUGAAAGAGAAUGUUCCAGAUGGCUUGUGGAAGGAAUUCAAGUCAUCUGUUCAGUGGGCCCAUGCCAAGCUACAGGAGAAUGGCAUCACUCAGCUCUCCAUGCUGGCUGUCAUGGCCCAGUACACUGGUGUGUGGACCAGCAGUGUCCUGCACAGCAUUCUGACCAACCAGGAGUCUCAGAGGGAACAAGUGGAAGAGUUCUUGGCUUUAGAGGGGCCUGUCCUAUUGGAGAUGAGAGUGAAGCAACUCAUAAAGGGGAACCACAUGGUACAGGCAUCGCUGUUAGCCAAGAUGUGCUGCGAGUACUCUGCCUUUGAGGGGAAGGGACACUUCAAGCAGAUGCACCUUGUCUGCCUCUGUGCUACCUCAGAACGGGAUCAGCUGAUGGAGGAGCUGUCUAAAGUGGACUGCCAUGAUGCACUGGAGAUGAUUUGUAACCUUGAAUCAGAGGGGGAUGACAGCGCGGCCUUCAGCUUAUGCUCCGCCUUCCUGACCCGCCAGCUUCUUCAAGGAGACGCCUAUUGUUCUUGGGAGCUCACAUUGUUCUGGAGCAAACUGCUCAAACGGCUGGAGCCCUCAGAGCAGGCCUUCCUGGAAAGAUGCCGGCAGAUGUCCAUAUUGUCCAAAACUGUGUUUCACCUACUGUUUCUCAUCAAGGUCAUUCAGUCAGAGAUUGACAACAUUGGACUACCAGUGUGCAUCGAAAUGUGCAUAAGGGCUUUGCAGAUGGAAUCAAAUGAUGGAAACACCAAGGCCUCUGUCUGUAAAACCGUUUCCUGUUUACUUCCUGCUGACCUGGAAGUCAAGCGAGCUUGCCAGCUGACAGAGUUCCUCCUGGAGCCCACAGUGGACUCCUAUUAUGCUGUAGAAACUCUUUACAAUGAACCUGAUCAAAAGCUUGAGGAAGAGAACAUGCCAGUGCCCAACUCGCUACGCUGUGAACUUCUACUGGUUUUUAAGACCCAGUGGCCUUUUGAUCCAGAGUUCUGGGACUGGAAAACCCUGAAACGCCAUUGUUUAGCCCUCAUGGGUGAGGAGGCCUCAAUAGUUUCAUCCAUUGACUUGCUAAAUGACUGUGAGAGCCCAGGGGACCUUGAGGCACUCAGUCAAGAAGGGUUCAGGGAUGUUACAGACUGCUUUGUCAAUGCCACUAAUGAGCUAAAGGAAAUCAAAGACAAGAGGCUAAAAAACAGAGAAGCAAAGAAACUGAGAGAAAAGGGUUUCAUAUCUGCCAGAUUUAGAAACUGGCAGGCAUAUAUGCAGUACUGUGUUUUGUGUGACAAGGAGUUUCUGGGUCACCGGAUUGUACGCCAUGCACAGACUCAUUACAAAGGUGGAAUCUAUAGCUGCCCAAUAUGUGUUGAGACCUUUACCUCAAAAGACACAUUGGUUCCCCAUGUAGCUUCACAUGUGAAACAGUCUUCCAAGGAAAGGUUGACUGCAAUGAAAACCAAUAUGAAACUGGCUAACCCCAAAACAACUGCUCCAGUUAUCGCAGCACUGAAGACCAAGACAGAAAAUCAGCUUUAUGCAAAGGACAAUAGUGAUUUACAAGGGCAUAAUGUAGGAUCAACACACACAGUCCAAUCCAGAGAAGCAGGAUUUAAGGUGGAAAGCAGUGAGGUAAAUAUAUGCCCUGUUGGAAACUGCAGAAAGAGCUUCAAAUAUUUAAAGAACCUACUAGCGCAUGUUAGGGCUCAUGGGGACAAUGAGGAGGCAAAGUGUUACCUUGAAAUGCAGAGCAAAAAGGUUGCUUGUCAGUACUGUCGUCGUCAGUUUGUUAAUGUCACUCACCUUAAUGAUCAUUUGCAAGUCCACUGUGGCACAAAACCUUACAUUUGCAUACAGUUGAACUGUAAGGCCAGUUUCCUGUCUAAUUCAGAGCUCCUCGUACAUAGGAAGGAACAUGCUGUAUUUAGAGCCAGAUGCAUGUUUCCAAACUGCGGAAAGAUUUUUAAUGAAGCCUUCCAACUAUAUGAUCAUGAGGCACGGCAUUAUAAAACAUUUACCUGUAAAGUCCCUGACUGUGGAAAGGUUUUCCAUUCUCAAACUCAGCUGGAUCUGCACCAGAAGGAACAUGCUACUAAAGAGACAGAAAGCCCAGCUUCUGGGCAACAGACUUCCCUAGAUUCAGACCUCGGGCCUUCACUGAUAGAACGAAUGCUCUCGGAUCUCACUCCCCUCACACAGGAGUUCUCCCAGGACUCAGAGAAUUGUAUCACAGAAAGCCCCAAUCAACUGGACCCUGAAAGGGUAGCAAAUUCCAUUGAGAGCUUUCUAACAUCAUCUUCUCAAGAUCCUGUGGAAACUUUGGGACAAUAUACCACCAAAAGUGAGCCCAGUCAGACACAAUGUUCAGAUAAUCCUGUUAUUCAGCCCUCCAUGGAUUCUAAUUUCUUUGACCCAAAAAGACAUGGAGAUAGCUCUGAGGGUCAUUCAUUUGGUUAUUUAAGUGCAGCUACACAAAGUCAAAUUGUACCGUCUUUUGAAGCUGCUACAAGUGACUUGUCACAUACCUGUCAUACAAAUGCAGUGCAAGGCCAUCCACAGGUGUUUUCUGGCAAUGAAAAUGCCGGGUCGAUGAUGUACAACUCUGACUGUAACAUAUCAUUGCCGGAACACUUCCAGGUCCUGUGUGCUGACAACCUGCUAGCGGCAGGCCCUUCCCAGAAUAGCAUACCUACACCUGUGUCACAACCACUUCCACCAGUAGUAACCCCCUUGCCACCCUCUGGAAAUAGAACCGAGAACUCAGUGAUAUACUUGAAUAAUUCAGCUCCCCCUGCAGGUGAGAAGGAGCGACAUCACUGUGCAUUUGAAACAUGCACAAGGCACUACAGCUCUUAUAGAAGUGUUACCAAGCACAUGAAAGCUGUUCACCCAGAAUUCUAUGAUCAAUGGAAACUGGCCAAGAGAAACAACAAGCCAUCACGGGUUGCACCAUUGAGCAUGCCGUCUGUCGUCAAUCCAAACUCUGUUGAGCCACUUCAGAACCAACAAGGCAAUGGCAUCUUGAUGCAAAGUGUUCAGCGACAGAACACUAUCCAUCCACCACUAUAUCCAAACAUGGUUGGGAGUUCAAACUAUGCUGCCAUGCCUUCCCAUCCCCUACCUAUACAAAACCAGAAUGGCCCUAUACUCAUGGAAAAUAUCUUAAAUCCAAUUGUUCUCUCUCAGUUAGGAAGCUCUCAUACCGUAUUACCAGGUCAAGUAGCAACAACUGAGCAAUGGCAUUCAACACCUGAAAAUGGACAAAUUCCAAACUCCUCCCAGGUCUAUCCGUCUAACAUACAAAUGCUUCCACAAACGGAUUCUCCUGGUGACGCACUGUCACUCUGUAUUCCAUCAUGCCCUAAUAUGGGAUCCAGUGUGAGCAGAUCAACAGAGCCCCUGCCAUCACCACAGAUUGAAAACAGGUCCCAGUCUUUGCUGCCCUCUUACAUGAACAGUACAAAAGGUUUAUCUCAUCAAGUAGGAGAUUGUCUUCAACACUAUACAUCACAAGCACUAAGCAAUUCUGUCUCGAAUCCCGUAGCCCUAGAAACAACAACAAAGACAACGCAUUUAAUGCAACCUAUGCAGUCAGAUUUGACACCCUCAAGUUGCACACGCCAAGCAAACCGUAAAAGAGAAAAUAAUGUCACUUCUGAAAACUGUCCUGCAGCUCCAAAGCGAAGAAACAGUAGAACCAAGUGGCCUGCCAUUAUUAGAAAUAACAAAUUUAUUUGUUGCAGGUGUUAUAGAGAAUUUACCAGUCCUAAGUCCCUUGGGGGCCAUCUGUCCAAGCGUUCACAUUGCAAACCAUUUAAUGAGCCAGUUCAAGGUGCAGAGUUGCCUGUUUCAUUUCUUGAGUUCCUCAAUUCAGAGCAGACGGUGAACAACUCUCAGCCACAGUCAUCUUAUCCCUCUGCAGUAUAUCAGGAGACACCUUGUCAGUCGGUUACAAGUGGUUCAACAAGCCCAAAAGAUUUUGCCCCACCUAUUUAUUCCCAAGCUGAUUUGCCAUCAUUUGGCAAUGAGGAACCAAAUGAUGAUAUUCUUAAGCAAAUCAUGGCUGAUGCAGAUAUGGCUGAUCUGUUUGAGCCACCAGCUGUUACUCAGCAGAUGUUCCAAAAUCCAUGUGGUCCCUAUGGAGCUGUUGAGCAUUUGCCAGAGAGAUCAGUCAUCCAGCACACUGGCAACAUCCAGAUGAGGAAGGAGGAUGAAUCUUACACAUCUCAUUACCCUCAGUCUUGUGUAGCUGCAUUUACUAGUAAUGACUUCCCUGACCCACUUCUUUCUCAGAUCCUGUCAGACGGCUCACCUGCUGGCCCUCAUAGUAACCUUCCCAAAAACGAGGUUAACUCUGGAGGGGUGAUCAGCACUGGGCACCUCUCAGCAAUGAAAGGGGUGACACCAGAUAUCAUCUCAAAUCUGGGGAAGCAGGCACCCUGCCCUGAUUCCCAGCAGGGUCCAGCAUCAACAAAUGACAGUCAAGCUGAGACACAGAAGAAGGGUGCCAAACAAAAUGUGAAGAAGAAAUUGCGGGAGCAGAUUUUGGCUGGGGACUUUCAACGUAGAAAAACUUUACGUCAUACAGUCAACGCUGACCCUAACACCAUUUCCAAAAGUCCGGUGUCAUUUGGUCCAGCAUUACAUAUUUCAAAAAACAGUGGACAGCAUCAAAUCCCUGAAGAUUCAAAGAAUGGCACAACUGCUGGGGAACACACUAUUCAAACAAACUUCGUAACCACUCCUGCCUCCCCUGAUGAUAUUCAGCAACUGCUGAACACAGAGAGUUUUACUCAUUUCAGAGAACCCUCAACCCCGUGUGAGAUACUAACCCCAAUCAGCAUAGUUGCAAAUGAUGGAGAUAUUGAGCCUACUCAGUCAUCUGCAAGCCCACAACAAUGGAUCAUAGAAAUUCAGAGUGCAUUUGAAAAGCUUGACUUGGUCAGAGAGACCUCUGGUCAGACAUCCUCCUCCAUGACACCAGUUGGCAAUAAUGUGCGCAGUGAGACAGAGUCAGCAAAGGUCAAUUCCCUUACCACAGUUUUCUCCGCAUUUGUCAAGCCGUUUGCUUGUGAAAAUGACAACUGCACAUUUAGGUCCAUGUCAGCGGAUGCCCUUUUUAAACAUCUCAUCAGAAAUCACAAUUACUCACUUCCCAUGAUAAAUUCUUUUAAAAAAAGAUAUGGUAAAUUUGCCCCUUUCAGCUGCCAAAAAUGCAGUAAAGCAUUUACCCGUAAUUCAAACCUCCGCGCUCAUUAUCUGUCAGCUCACAGAUUGUCUUUUGACGAAAUAGCAUCUCUAGACAUAAAGAGCAAGCUGGCCAGAGCUGUGAGAAAUCCCCGUUACCAAAAACAGCCAAUCAGUGGUGGAAACCCAGCUCCAGUGGCUUGUGAUAGUAUGCCUUCUCAUUCGUUAACACAGGAGGGCAUGCCUCCAUAUUCACAUCGAGAUGCAAAUAAAAAAGAAUAUCCAUCACCAGCUUUUGGACAGAAUUCCAGCACAAGCUUAAAGAAGCAGAGAUUGCAUGAUGACAAUCACUCCACAGGAAUUCAUCCCCUACAAACAGUUGCCAUGCACAAUCAAGAUUUGGCAUCCACACUGAAGCCACAAGGCUACACAGAGGUUUUAUCACCCCUGCAAGAAGGCCCUGGUGCAGAACAAUUGUCAGAUAGACAGCAUAGACCCCUCUCUAAAAGCCCAACUCAUUUGCCUGCGCAACAAGCUGCAGCCCAUUCACAGAAAGUGUCAACUGUGACUACCCAAGAUAUCUCUGCUCCCCCUCAAGCUAGUGUGCCUGAGUCUCCAGACAAACAAUCCAACAUCAACAAGCAGAACUUGGUAAAAAUGAACUUUGAGAAUCCAAACUUAGAAGUAACUAAGAAGGCAAAAGAGAAAAAACAAGAGUCAAAUAAUGGCUUUAACCCCUACAGACCUUAUCGCUGCGUACAUCAAGGAUGUGUAGCAGCCUUUACAAUCCAGCACAAUUUAAUUCUCCACUAUAGAGCCAUUCAUCAAACUGCUCUGUCAGCACUGGGGGUAAACAAAGAGCUGGAUCAACCUGAGGCACUGAAUGAGUCAAAAGACCAUGAAGAGGAGGAACCUGAGAGUGAGAUCAACCAGGUCUCAGAAUUCAGAUGCCAGGAGAAGGACUGUUCACGAGUUUUCCAACAAUUUCCCAGCCUUUUGCAGCAUUACCUCCAGCUCCACAAAUUCAGCUUGGAAAAGGUUGGUGUUCUCCUUUCCCACAUCAACCUCGGCAGGUUUGCUUGCGAUCAGCAGGGAUGUACAGCAUCUUUUACUGCUUUCUGGAAGUACAUUGGACACAUCAAAGAAAAGCAUGAGAAUGUGCAACUCUCAAAACCUGAACAGACAAACACGCUAUUCAGGUGUGAUGUUGAAGGGUGUGACCGCACAUACACCACAAAGUCCAACUUGCUCAGACAUACGAUGAAAAAGCAUCUUGAAUUUUACCAGUUAAAACUGAUGAAUGAGCAGAUAACAAAAGAGGACGUGAAGCCGAACUCCAAGAGCUUGCACUACCAAAUUAACAAGACAAGCAACGGCAAAGAGAACAUUGAGAGCAAUAAAAAGAUCUUGCAGAAGGGAAGUGACAAAAGGAGAGUCGACAAGGCAAAAAGCAAUCACUGGACUCAAUAUGGAAAGCCCUCUUUAAAAUCUAAAGAAGAGGCAUCUGCAAUGUGCACAAAAAAAUUUACUCUGCAGUACCCCUGUUUGAUAAAGGGUUGCGAAUCUGUUAUGAAUUCAGAGCGAAGCGUCAUUAAACAUUACAUAGGACAUGGGCUCCCGGAGAAGUACUUGGAGGAGCAAAGGAGCCACUUCAUAUUCUGCAAAAAGCUUGCCAGACACAGGUGUCAUUCAAACCAGAGUGAUGACUCCAAAUCUGAUACCACCGAUCUGUCAGAGACUGAAGAUGUAGACAACACUGCCAUAGAAGUAAGCAAGUAUGAAUAUUCCAAGCCUGUCUUGCGUAAAAGAGUUACCACGGGGAUCUAUGCCAGCAAACAGUCAAAUGACGAAAGUUCAGAACCCAGUUCUGACAACUCUGUAGUGAUCAAACGCAAAAGGGGGCGUCCGCGAAAGCUGAUCGAAAAAAUUGUGAAACGCAAGAGGAUGCCGAGGUCGUCAAGAGGUCACGUUGUUUAUCACAGGGAUGAAGAAUCGGACUCCUCGUCCUGCCCUGCCAUGAUACAGGAGGACAAGACUGAGCAGAGUGCUCCCUUAACAGCUUUUAAACCCAUGGGAUUUGAAAUGUCUUUCUUGAAAUUCUUGGAACAAUCCAACCAAUCGGUAUAUCACUUGAAGAGGAAAAUGGAGGUGCCAGGAAUAUUAAAACAGACAUCCAGUUCAUAUUCACACACCAAAGAAACCUGGGUUGAGUUCAGCAACCGUCAAAAUUUAAAAUCUCUGGAUAAGGUUAGAAUUAUUGUUGAUGGGGCCUAUUCAGAUGUCACUGAGCUACUGCUGAAACAAUUGCAGGAUAUGCGACCCACAGUGAUAUUGGAAAAAAAUGACUAGCAUUUUAAUUUUGUUCUUUUCUUUUACAAUAGCAUCUCAGGAGUUGAAAGAAAGGCUCUUGCUGCAGACUGGUAUUUAAAAUUAUUCAAAGGCAAUGAGUUUUGAAAAUAUUCUUUAUUGUUGGCUCUGUAAAAUUGCCGUCUUUUUAUAGAAAGUUGUAUAGCAUGUUUGUAUUUAAGGACUACUAAAUCAACUGAAAGUCAUGAAAAUGGUGAAGAAAGCCAAACUGGACACCGAUUUGAUAUAUAUCCCUAUGGGACUACUCUUAGACAAAUUGACACUCAAAUGAAAUAUGAUAAUGUGUAAAGUAUGACUUGAAGAUGCGGAAAAUUGUGAUUGUGUGUGUAUAUACUGUUUUGAAUCAACUACUGCCACCAGCAGUCUUAAUAUAAUUUAAUAAUACAGACCUUUCUCCUAUUUUGCUGCUUUUAAUCGGUUUUUCAACUGUGCAAGUUGUAUUUGAUUCUGAUAGGUUUGACACCACCCAGUUUCUAAAUGUACCUUAUUUAGUCCAGGAAGAUUGAGUAAGUUGGUGACCGUGAAUAAACCUCUCCCAACUUCAAAUGUUUUGAAAAUUAGGCUUGUGAUUAAGACAGUGAACAACAGACUCAAGAUAUGUUGGACCCUAUAGGAUACUUUUUCUCUUUUUUUUUUAUUUACUUAAGAUUACAAAAAAUAAUACCAAUAUUCAUCUAGAAUAAUAUCAAGUGUGAGCGCAGGCCCGGGCCGAGCUGUUUUUGGGGGCCCCCCCAAAAAACAUAAAAGUCAUGUCCAUCUUUGCCAUUUCAUUUCUUCACUUUAAGUCACAACUCAAGUCACAUUUACUCAUCGAGCACAGUUAACAACCACCGUUAACCAAAGUGUUGUACAAUAAAACAUUUCAAGUGAUUAAGGCGUUGUACAGCUGCUUAGUACUUUGGUGUCUGGUGUAGGGACAGUUUCUUAUUCAUGAUUGCUAACCGGACUGUGUUGACCAUGGAGAAGGUAAAUCUGGAUUUUGAAAAAAAAAAAAAUUAAAAGUAACCAAAGA